CUCUCUCUCUCUCUGAUAAUACUGAAUAUUAUAGUUUCAAUUAUAUUUCAACCGGGUUGAACAUGUCGAAUCCAGAAAUCCAAGGUUGAUUUCCUUCUAUGUUGGAUAUAGUCUUAGCAGCAGCCGCAGCAAUCCGCCACAGCUCGCCGGAGAAGCAUGGGGAGUUGCGUGCGUCGAAGGCGGCUAUAGAGGCUAUGCCGAGAGUGACAGUGACGGCGGAGGAGUCUGAUAAAGCCUGCUCGAUUUGCUUGGAAGAGUUUGAAGUCGGCGGCGAGGUUAGAGAGAUGCCAUGCAAGCACAAGUUCCAUUCGGGUUGUAUCGAGAACUGGCUCCGGGUUAAAGGGUUGUGCCCGCUUUGCCGAUUUGUUAUGCCUAUGGAGGAAGAUGAAGAAGAAGGAAGAGCGAGUAUGGAUGUUGUGUACCAUCAACAUGUGGAGGAAGGAGGAGGAAGAGAGAGUAUGGAUGUUGUGGACCAUCAACAGGAAGAAGGACGAAGAGAGAGUAUGGCACAUGGGGAAGAAGAAGAAGGAAGAGAGAGUAUCCAUCAACAUGAGUUCUGGGUCCACUUUGUGUUUGUUGAUUCAAGUAUGGAUUCGGGUUCGGAUCGUGUUGAAGUUGAAGAUGAUGACUCGUCAACGCAAGAUAUGGUCUGAAGACAUUCAACGAUAGGAAUUAGUCAUUUAUCUUCUGUUUACCUUUUAUUUAGGGUCCAAUAUUUUUAUGAUUUUGUGGAUCCUAAAAGAACUGCGAGAACUUGUUACAAUAUGUCUGGUUACGAUUUGGAACUUUUUUAACUUCUUGUGAGUUAAUUUCAAGUUUCACUUGUUAGAACAUAUAAAUGGUUUCACUUGUAAGAGCAUAUAAAUGGGUAGAGCUAAAAAUUUAGUUA